ACAUUGGCUGUCAACUACACACCGCUGCGAUUGUCUUUUUUUCCACAGAUUUGUUGCACAUGUUCAUCGAUUUCUGUGGAAUUUAGGGAAAGUAUUAGGAAAUCUUCAAUAAAAUGGGUGCUAUAGCAAGCAGGUACCGUGUCUCUAAUGCAGGGCUCACAAGCACCGACUUACAAAACAUAACUAAUGAUCAAAAGCGUGAAAACCCCGGAACGUUGGAUGAGUUGCACAAAAAGACGAAAGAAGUCAUGCCUGUCAACUUUGAGGGUGGGAAGCUGAUGUUCAACAAGGGCAUCUCCAACCAUUUCCAAAUGUCCCACACUCUGACCAUGAGCUCAGCACAGAACGGAUACAAAUUGGGUGCGACAUACAUUGGUACGAAGCAGAUAUCACCGACGGAAGCCUUCCCCGUGCUGCUCGGAGAUGUGGACCCGUCUGGGAAUGUCAAUUUCAAUAUUAUUCACCAGCUGACAGACGAAAUCAGGGUUAAGGGAGCUGCUCAGGUACAAGAAUGCAAGUUGACGACCACCCAAGGCACCGUGGAGUACAAAGGAUCAGAUUACACGCUGGCCCUCACCAUGGCCAAGCCGGACUUGAGUGACAAGUCCGCAGUACUAGUGGGGCACUACUUACAGUCGGUGACGAAGCGGCUGGCGCUGGGCGCGGAGCUGGUGUUCCAGUCGGGGGCGCGCGCGCCGGGCGGCGAGGUGGCCGUCAGCUCCGCCGCGGGCCGCUACACCAUGGACGAUUCGGAAGUGUCGGCGACUGUGGGCCCGGCCGGUUUCCACGUGUGCUACUUCAAACAAGCCAGCGAACAGUUGCAAAUUGUAGCUGAAGUGGACACGUCAUUCCGGGGCAUGGAGUCUGUCGGCACCAUCGGAUAUCAGGUCAACAUACCGAAGGCUGACCUCGUUUUCAGAGGUAUGGUAGACUCUAACUGGAACAUCGGAGCGGUCCUCGAGAAGAAGCUCCAGCCUCUGCCGUUCACGUUUGCCCUCUCCGGCAUGGCCAACCAGGCCAAACAGCAGUUUAAGUUCGGCUGCGGACUCAUUAUUUGCUAAUACGAGUAAAGGUCAGACGAUGAAUAAUGUUUAGGGUUGCCAGCGGUGAAAUAUGUUCGGGGAAAAGUACCAGUUUUGUUUGUUAUUAUAUUUGCACUCAGUUAGUAUGAGAUGGUGUAUUAAUAAUUUUAUUAGUGUGAAAGUCUGUCUGUUUUUCUGUUCCGCUUUCACGGCUUAACUGCUGAACCGAUUCGAGUGUAAUUUUGUUUGUAUAGUAUAGAACGGAAAAAUACGCGUUUUUUUUUUAAAUAUCAUCCCCUAAAAUACUACUAAUUGCGAGGAGAAAGUUUGUGUGAAAAUCAAUAAUGUUGUCCAUGAGAAGACGGGGCGGGUCGCUUAUAUAAUAGAGUCAUUAUAGAAAAUGUUUUGUAUACAUUCCCACCGCGCGCAAAUAUUUGUACGGACACCAGAAAAAUCUUGACCCGCACCUCAAACGAAGGAUAAGGUUAAGAGGUUCAAGUUUAUCAGUGAAAAAGGUUUUUUUUAAAGAAACUAAAUGUGAUAAUAAAAUACUUUUUGUGUGAAAACUUACAGAAGAAAGUGGAAUGAUAGUAGAAGUAUUGAUGUAGAGAUGGAACAUUAAAAAUAUGAACGUUAAAUAUAUAAUAUGCAGUUUAAUUAAAAUUACACUUGAAGGUGACUGUACUUCUAAAAUAAACGUACCACGGGUAGAUAUCUGGACACAUCCAAGAUCUUCUUUGUCCCACCCUUAUUCAAUUAUUUGGGGUUGGGUCUCCUCACUCAUUUGCGCCAGGUUGAUCUGUCCUGGGUGGUCACAUCGGAAAGUUGAACUUUGAGGUCUCUGACGAUGCUUGACCACCAGGUCAAUGUCAUUAAAAUAUGUAUUAGAAACUAUAAUGGGUCAGCAUGGAGGACUUACCCGGCUGAAUUAAAAAAAAAAUUAUAAUUUUAUUUAGUUAAUGUUUUAUAAUGCAAAUGUCUGUUAUAUAUUUUGACAAAAUGUGAUUAUAACAAUUUCUAAACUAUACUGAUAAUACAUCUACCUAAUUAAAAUAAAAAGUAAAAUUCCUAAACUAGAAUAUAAUAUUAGUUAUAUAUUCUGGUACUUUUCUCAACAAGAUAUAUGGCAACCCCAAUUUAUGUGUUGUUCCCGGGAUUUCAACCGAAGACAAUUCAUUUAUUAGUCCAUGUGAAUUGUCUGCUGUCGGUUACCCGUCACCUGAUUACAACACGGCUUAUCGUCCCCUAAUUAAAAUUAAUUGAUAGGGUUGAAGUGAAUAAAUGUAAAUUAAGGUAGUUUUAAAUAAAACUUUAAAAAAAUUGCCAGUUAAAUUUGAACCAAAUAAUUUUCUACUAACAAUUUAUAUUCAUUCGCUUUGGCCACAUAUUUAACUAUGUUAGUGGUAAUGUAUGUAAAUAAUGUUAUUUGCAAUUACACCGAUAAUUCCUCAGAUUGACAGUGGAUAAUUUCCAUAAGUGAUGUGUCAAUUUACUGAAACCUACAGUAAUAAUGUUAUUUGCAAUUUAACGGAUAAUUUUUCAUGGAUCGACAGUUGAUAAUAAGCUCCUUUGGUGACAAUUUCCUUGCAAUUACAUGGAUAAUUAUGUAUAUUCAGUUUAACGUGAUAUGAUAAUUUUAUAAAAUAUCUAUACAGAUUUUGAUUUUUGAUGUUGAAAGGUAGGGUUUAAAAGAAAUUAAUUGAAAAAUCUUUAAGAAUAUCUAAAAAUUAUCAUAUCACGUAGGUAAUUCGAUAAAGUCGAUGGAGCGAUAAAGUCUGUCAAAUAAGCAUGCUUAUAAAUAAUAAUUUUUAGCAACUUUGCUGUCGAUGAAACUUUCAGAACCAGUUCAAGUUUCUUUUUACAAAAGAAAUUUCUCACACCGAGUAUCAUAGGUCAUAUGAAAAUGAUUUCAAUGGUUGCGUACUAAUACUUGCCAAUAAUUUACCCGGAAGCGACUUUUAACAAACACUAUAUUUUAUACGAGCGUCCUAUACUUUUUUCUAGGAUGUACUUGAUAUUUUUUGUUUAUUCUUUAUUAUUAUUGUAUGUAUAAUUUUAUUACAUGAGUCUGUUUACCAACUAGGAAAUAUGCAGAGAUAGUGGCAAGUGGAAAGAGGGUGUCUCUGCCUACCCCUCCGGGAAAGAGGCGUGAAUUUAUGUAUGUAUGUAUGUUUACCAACUAUAUUAGAAACAGUGUCUUUUUAUUUUUUUGGCGCGCACGCGUUUUAGAUUAUCUUUAAAAAAACAGGUUUCUAAUUAGAAGUCUCUAACCGUUAUUUAUGAAAAUAUCUUAAAUAAAAAAUAUCCUCAAAUUUGUAAAUACCCUGGACAGGCGAUUUCGCUUUUAAAAUCAUUUCGACCAAUAUUAAGCUCAUUUUCUUCACAUUAAGGCAAUUCAGUUACGAAAAUUAGAUUAUGGUUAUAUAUGUAUGUAGGAAACUUUUCUAACAUUACAUAAGAUCACGGCUAUAUUCCCUGCGGGGUAGACAGAGCCAACAGUCAUUAUGACUGAAAGGUCACGCUGAUUUGAAACUUUUCUAACUCCACCUAAAGAGCCUUCUGUAAGAAGUCACCCAACUGCCUGUAAAAUCUUCGCAUGUUAAGCACCCAUUUAAUAGAUUAAUUUAAAAUGAAUUCCUUGCUGAAAUUAAUGAUUCACAACAGCAAUACAAUUGUACUGAUAAUUUUAGCUAUCUAAAUACAUUUAGUUGCAAAACUUGAGUUGAAUCAGUACUAUAUUAACUUUUUAAUAUUUCAUGUAUGUAGUAUGACUGAUUUGUAUUUUGGAAUAGUGAUCGACCAAAGACAUAUUGACACUUUGAGGUUAUAAACAUCACAAAAAAAAUUUAAUUCUUUUUCAGGCCACAAUUAGCUUGCCUCGAAUAUUAAAUUUCCUAGCCAAAAUGCAAACAAUUGAAUGAUAAUUCCUAAAUUAAUAUUAAAAUGUGGUAUGUGUGCAUGUAGCUUUAUAAGCACGGUGUAUGUACGUAUUUGUUUUCUACAAAAUUGUUUAUUUGUUACGAGUAUUCAUGUGCACCAGAAUCGCAUUUACAGCGCGAAAAUGUCACUCUAGAGGCUCCGCCAUCUUUAAUAAUCUUUAUUUGUCAUCAUUAUGUCAUUAUUAUUUCAUUAUAACAAUAAUAGGAUAAUUAUAUGGUAAGGUAUUUAUAGUAUGUUCUUGAUCCGUGUGAAGAUUUAUAAGUAUUUUUAUUUAGCCGUCUGCUUGUGUGUCUACUGCCUUAUUUUAAUAGUGACUGGAUAUAUAUAAUAUAUAUGUUUAUUCAUUUAAUUCACCUAAUUUGCUCAAGUUUCUCUAGAGUGACACAUUCCCAAGUGUAAUUUUGACAUCUGAACAUUUUGAAUAAAAGACAAAACAAAAUCGUAAAUUUUGAUAAUAAAAUAAUUAAAAUUGGAAAAAAUAGAAAAUAUGAUAAUUGCAUUCGGUAAAUCUAAAUGUAUUGUUCCGUGAUUUUUGAAAAAUAAUAAAACUUAAUUUCGCUUAUAAUUUUAAACGGUAACUUUUCCACGUACCUAUUAUUUGGUUGCAAUUACGUGGAUAAUUUGUGCGAUUGGCUUGACUUAAAAUUCUCUUUGAAAUUGUAAUAUUUUUCAUUUAAAGGUACGGACAAAGUAAGAAAAUUUAUUAUGGGUAAAAUUUUAAUAGUAUUUGAGACGAUGUCAAGUUCACUAUUGGGGAAAUAAUCCGGACAUGUCUGCGCUAUAGCGUUUACUAUUGUAGAUAGAAAAUGGCGGAUUGUACAUAAAGCCUGUUGUUGAAAUGUUUAUUUUUAAUAGAGUUAUGUUAAUAAAUCA